UUAGUUGGUGAGCAUCUAAGUAAAAAUGUACGCCACAAAAUGACUAAGCUAUCGCAUUUUCUUUUGAACCAACCACACUCUUUCUACCUUAUCCUUUGCUUCCUCUGGAUCCAAAAACAUACAAAGUCCCUUCCAUGCCACUGUGAACUCUACUUCAAGAACCACCACAGGAUAUAGAAAAGCCAUUCCAGCUUCACCACCAAAGAAGAGAAUGGCCAUGGCCAGUGCAGCAACUCCAGCCACAAUCACUGUUGUGGGAAGCUCCGGUGUUGGCAGCAGAAGGAGAAGGGAGAGGAGUGUGCAGUUCAUCGGAGGGAUGAAUUCUUUUGGAGGGUUGAAGGCUCAGAACAGUGUGACAUCAUUAGGGUUUCCUGUGUGCACUGAGCAGUGCUUUGCAAAGGUGGUGAGCUCAUUGAAAUAUCCAUCUAAGGGCAGAAGAGGAGGUGCUGCCUCCUCAACCUGCAAUGCUGCUGCUGAGAUUUUCCAAAUUGCUGGCAUCAUGAGUGGCCUUGUUCUUGUUGGGGUUGCUGUAGGAUUUGUGCUUCUUCGAAUUGAAGCAUAUGUGGAAGAGACUGACUUCAAUCUAAACAAGUUUCUGGAGUUGCACAUCAGGAUCACUUGUAAUAUCUCCAGAAUGAUCUUUGAAGUAUUUGGAUUUGUAAUAUGAAAAAGGUUUCCACAACAUCAUUCAUCUUGAAGCUUUUUCUGAAGAGUAUUUUGGUAUUGUGGAACAAAUCUAUAUUAUUCCUGACUUUCUAGUGGAUCAUUUUAAUGACAUUUACUAUCAGGUGGUUGAGUUUUAACGCCUUGAAUGAUGCUAGGAAUAACA